CACGAUCGUCCUCCUCUCCCUCCCAAACUUUCAGUUUCAAUCCCCUGGUAUAAAUCCACUUCCGCUCCCUCCAAAUGCGAUUGCAAAUUCAAAGAAAGAAGAAAAAGACUAAAGCACGAAGGAGAGAGAAAAAGAAAAAGUUGUAUCAGAAGAUACUCCCAUUCCUAUUUCCACUUUCCUUUGUCUGAUUUCUAUCACAUAUUUCUUUCUCUCUUCUCUUAUCACUAUGGCUUCUCUGAGAAGCUCUUCUUCCUCUUUCACCCAACACUGCAAAUAUGAUGUGUUCUUGAGUUUCAGAGGAGAAGAUACUCGCAGUGUUUUUAUUAGCAAUUUGAAUGGAUUUUUGUGUGAUAAAGGAAUUAACACUUUUAUGGAUGAUAAAAAGCUUCCAAUAGGAGAAGAAAUUCCUGCAGAACUUCUAAAAGCCAUUGAAAGUUCAAGAAUUUCUAUAGUUGUAUUUUCCAAAAACUACGCAUCUUCUACAGGGUGUUUGGAUGAGCUUGUCAAAAUCCUUAAGUGUAAGAAGAAGGGUCAAUUUGUGCUACCAAUUUUUUAUAAGAUAAAUCCAUCAGUAGUGCGUAAGCAAAAGAGAAAGUUUGGUAAAGCAUUGGUAAAGCAUGAACAAGAAUUCGACAUGAACAAGGUGCAAAUAUGGAGGGUAGCUCUAGAAAAAGCUGGCAAGUUACGCGGCAGGCUUUACAAAAAAGGCUAUCCUCAAUAUCAAUUUAUCCAAGAAAUUUUUGAAGACAUAUCUCCAUUUGUUGGUAAGAUGAAAGGUGAUUAUAGCUUACUUCAUGAGCUCAAUGGUAACAAAAAGAAUUGGAAGAUUAAGGCUCGAGUCACACGACUAUGGGAUGUCUACAAUCUCAAGAACAAAGAUUUUAUGAGCUUGGAUAUGGUCUUGCUAGAUGAACAGGGCAAUCACAUACAUGCAAGGAUCAAGGAUGCAUUUGUUCAUCAAUUCAGGGAAUCAUUACAAGCAGGCAACAUCUAUUACAUAAAGAAUUUUGGUGUUAUUCCUUACCAGAUUGAUUACAAAAUAGUCACCAAUGAACAUAUGAUCAAGUUCUAUGCAACAACAAUAGUUAAACCAGCAGAGUCAGACCAUCCUUCAAUCCCAAAAUAUAAAUUUGAAUGUGUCCUAUUUGAACAUUUGAGUGGUCGGUGUGACAAAAAGGUCCACUUAACAGAUGUUAUUGGAAAAGUGUCAACCAUUUCCCCUGUGUAUGAGAAAGACAAAGAUGGAAAGCCAUUGAAGAGAAGGAUCAUUAAGAUUGAAGACAAAAGGAAACUUAAAAUUCAGAUUACAUUGUGGGGAGACCUUGCAGAAAGUAUCACAGAAGAUGUAUGCCUGGAUAGAUCAAAAUCAACUAUUUUGAUAAUUACUUCAACAACUGUGAAAUCAUUCAAGAACCAACUUUCGUUGUCCUCCACAUCUGCAACAAAGGUUAUCAACUUGGAUAAUCAGAAGGAUUACAUCCGCUGGGAUUUUGAAGAAGUGGUAAGAGAUAAGAGGACAAUACAGGAAAUUAUAAAAUUUCUUGAGCAAUCAAAAUCCCAGGAAGCGAUUUUCUAUUGUAUGGCUGUUGUGAAAAAAGUAAAUGCUGAAAAUGGAUGGUAUUAUAUUUCAUGCACUGAUUGUCCUAAAAAGGCUAAAACAAUUGGAUCUACAUUUUGGUGUGAAAGGUGCAAGAAAGAAUUUUCUUCUCCAACAAUAAGGUACAGAUUAGAAUUACAUGUCAAGGAUGAAAGUGGCAGCUCAAUAUUUGUGGUAUUGGACAAGGAAGCAGAGAAAAUUGUUCGUAUUCCUGCUACACAAGUCUAUACUACAGAAAUAAAGGAUGAGGAUGAUGAUGAGGAUGUUGUUCCAAAGCCAAUAAAGAAUUUACUUGGAAAAACAUACAUGUUCCAGAUAGAAAUCAAUCCAAACAACAUUUUCCCUACAAAACAAAAUUUCACAGCCAUUCACGUGUUUGAAGAUCAUGUGUAUAAGCAGUUGCAACAUGAACAGGAGAAAAAUCAGAUUCUUCCCCUGAAACGAGCCAUUGAUGUGGAUGUUGAGAUUGAAAGAGAAGUUCCUAAAGCUAAAAGAAAUGGAAAGUUGAUUGAGUCAGAGGCAAGUGCUAAUGAAGAAGAGGAUGUUGAUGAGAAAAACGAAGAAAAAGAAAAAUGAUGUAGAGAAAGAAGAAUCUAAUUUGGAUGAAAGAAAC